AGUAGGAGAAAAAAGGACGAGGGCCAAGAGAGCAUCAGCAACAGUACCUCCACGCCUCCCCCGGUCCAUAGUGAGAGAAAAACUAUGAGAAUGAGAGAGAGAGCGAAAAUUAAAGCUACAAGAAAACAAGAUCCACCUCGAACCUCUCUUCGUCUUCAACCUUUUUGGCCACCCCCUUCAUAAUCAUCGCCUCUUCUUCAUCCCUUUCAUCUUAAUCUUCAUAAUCAUCCUUCCCCAUCUCCCCUUUUUCUCUGUUUUUCUCUGUUUCUAUCUGUUCUUCCGAUUCGGGUGAUUUUUGUUUCUGGGUUUUGUUUAUUUUGGUUGAUUACUGUUGCUAAUCCAGUUAAUUGACUUGGGUUCUCUUUGGUUUCUUCAAUUUUUGCUGUUUUUUCGUGGUGUUCUUGAAGAGGGUCUUUGAACUGUGAACUGGGUCGGGCCUAGAUUUGGGGAAGAAUGAGGGAAGAACAUUCGAAUUGGUUCUCGAGAUGGGAAGAGGAGCUUCCAUCUCCAGAUGAACUCAUGCCUCUUUCUCAAACCCUAAUAACCCCCGAUCUAGCUUUAGCUUUCGAUAUUCAAAAUCCCACCAAUUGCAGUCCGCCGUUGCCUUGCCCAUCUCCGCCGCUUUCGAAUCCCCUACCCGGCUCCGGCAACGGAAUUCCGCUGCCCAACUCGGGGGAUUUCGGCGAUUCCGCCGAUUUAGGCUCCGGCGCCGGCAGCGACGAACCAGCCCGGACCCUCAAGCGGCCACGCCUAGUCUGGACUCCACAGCUCCACAAGCGAUUCGUUGACGCUGUUGCCCAUUUGGGGAUAAAAAAUGCUGUCCCUAAGACCAUAAUGCAGCUCAUGAGUGUUGAUGGCUUAACCAGAGAGAACGUAGCUAGCCAUUUGCAGAAGUACCGCCUCUAUCUCAAGCGUAUGCAGGGUUUAUCCAGUGGUGGCGGCGGCGGCGCCGCAGCUGGCUUGGUUGCUUCCUCUGAUCCCGCCACCGACCAUUUGUUCGCUAGCUCCCCUGUUCCACCCCAUUUGCUUCACUCUGCUCGUGCUAGUUCAGACCACUUCAUGCCCUUUGUUCCCAUGGCCACUCUGCAGCAACACCACCACCACCUGCAGCAGAUGGCCGCAGCAUCUGCCGUCGCCCACCCUCAGCUCCAGCCCCCCUAUCACCGUGGGCAGUUUGGGUCACCAUCAAACGGCCAAUUUGAGCAUCCAUUUUUAGGUAGACAGUCCCAACCUAUCCAUAGAAUGGGGGCACCAGUGCAUAAUUCACUUCCUAAUUACAUUGAGGAUUUGGAAUCAGGCAAUGCCAGUGGUGGAAGAAAAGUCCUCACCUUAUUUCCUACUGGGGAUGAUUGAGCUUUUUGUUCUUCCUGUUCUGUUCUAAUUCUUGUGGAAAUUGGUUUAAAUGUUAUGGGUUUGAUCUGAAACUCCGGAUAAUGUUAUGUUAGUUCUUGUUUCUAUAUAUUUCUUUCUAAUGUCCUUAUCUGUUUAGUUGGUUUGGCUGUCAUUAUAAUAUGAAACGCAUGACCAAAUCCAGAAGUUCAAAUAGGUAGAGUGGCCCAUCCCUAUAAUGGUGGUAAAUAGAGGGACAUAGGGAGUUCAUCUUGUGUCUGUCAAGUACAUGAGACUUCUGUUCUAUCAUAUCCGAUAAUCAUCGCUCGAACCAUUCAUAAUGCCCUUAGAUUUUUCUGUUUGCAGUUGUUCUGAUGUCAAGCUCAGGUUCAUAAUCCAAGAACCUGCUGCUUCUUGUGUAAUCAGGUUGGAACCAGCCGAGUCUUAU